UUUGCGGGCAGAGCCGGCAGGGUGGGCGUGGCCCGGACCCACUCAGGCAGCCGCGGGCGGGGCUUCCUCCCUGGCCACGCCCACGUGCAGGUCGGGGCUCCCGUCGGUCCGGGCCGCCGCCGCCGCCGUGUCGCGAGGGAGGCGCCAUGCGGAAAGGGCCGCGCAGACUCCGACCCGGCCUGGGGGCAGCAGCAGCGGGCUACGCGGAGCUGGACCCCGGAGGCCUCCCCGCAGCCCGCCUGCGGAGCCCCAUCCGCCGCCGCCUGUGGCUGCCUCUGUUGCUGCUCUUGCUGCUGCUGCUGCUGGCGGGCGGGCUGCUGGGUCUCUACCUGCUCUGGGAGGAAGGAGCCGCUCCAGGCGCGGCGGAGGAGGAGGAGCCCGUCGGGGGCGCCCAGUUGAACCAUAAGCCUCGAAGUCUGUCUAGCAGCCAGCUGAAACGCCUGGUGUCCCUGGCGGAUCUCCAGCGCCUUUGGAAGAGUUACCUGCAGCCCAUGCUGAUCGAGAGGUAUUCUGGCAGCCCUGGGAACAAAAACGUCCGGCAGCAAAUCACCGACAGCUUGAAAACAUUGGCUGCUUCUUGGCACGUGGAGCUGGACUCCUUCGAGGACCGGACGCCGCGUGGCACAGUGAGCUUUGCCAAUGUGGUGGCCACCCUGGACCCUACAGCCACCUGGCGGCUGGUGCUUGCCUGCCACUAUGACUCGAAGUAUUUUCCCCGUGACAAGCGCGGCCGGACCUUUCUGGGAGCCACAGACUCGGCUGUGCCCUGCUCAAUCCUGCUGGAGGUGGUGACGGCGCUGGACAAGUUGCUGCUGAAAGCCAAGGAGCAGGGUUCGAAGGUGACGCUGCAGCUGCUGUUCCUUGAUGGGGAGGAGGCGUUCGGGGAGUGGACCGACACUAAUUCCCUGUACGGGGCACGCCAUUUGGCUGAGCACAUGGCCAAGACCCCACAUCGUUCUGGGAUCACUCAGCUCCAAGCUAUCGCUCUCUUCGUCCUGCUGGACUUGCUGGGCUCACGCCAGCCAAUCAUCCAGAACCACUUCCUGGAGACCACCAGCUGGUACGAGAGACUGGCGGCCAGCGAGAAGCGACUCCAUCGGCUGGGCCUUUUGGAGUCCCACCCCAGAGAGGAGAUGUACUUCCAGAAGGAUCCCAUCUAUGGCCCUAUUGAAGACGACCAUGUGCCCUUCCUCCGGAAAGGUGUCCCCAUCCUUCACCUCAUCUCCACCCCCUUCCCCACGGUCUGGCACACCAUGGAGGACACAGAGGCUAAUCUGCACCCCCCUGUGGUUGAAAACUUCUGUAAGAUGCUGGUUGUUUUCGUGGCGGAAUACCUGUGGCUGUAGGUGGCAAGCAGCAGCCUAGCCCAGGAACCUUUUCUGUCAGAGAAGACACGGAACAGCCACGGAACAUGCCUGUACAGGAGAGUCCCAACAAACUGCCUGCCUGGGCCUCGAUCCAAGGGCAAGGUGGUACGGAAGUGCCACAAAUUCCAGUCCAGCGUCUUGAGCCAUGGGCCCUGCAAGAAUUCCUGGCCUUUAGAACAGGUGAGGUGGGUGGUUGCCCAAGGCACCCACUGGAAGGGGUGCAAAGUGAGCUUGAACAAGCCACACAACUUGGCAACACUUCAAGGCAGUUUCUUGUAGGAACAGCCCUUCUCUGCUAGGCACUCCUUUAAAAAACCAAUACAUGACUUGGACCGAAGUUCCUCUCUCUUGAGCCGUUUUGCGAACCAGGCCUGGUUAACUUCCUAGAAGCUUCCAAACACUGUCCUUGCAGGCCUUGGAAAGCUUGCUUUUUAAUAUGCACCAGUGACAUACGUCAGGGAUAACCACUUGCGUUCUGAUUCCAGGUACUUUGAGGCAGCUAAGGGUGUGUGUCUUUUUGCUUGUGAUGAAGGCAGCAUGACGUCCAAAGUGGUUGGAGCUACCUCUGUUUCCCUCCAACCUCUUCUGUCCUGUACCAAGCAAACUGGCCCUGUACUCCUCCUAUAUUUAUUGGUGGAUCUUAAGGCUGCUUCAAAAAGAUGGCCGAAUUCUUAUACAGAAAGAGCUUCCAUGUGGGGAAACAGCCUGCACAAGAUGCAGCAGUCAACCUGUGGGUUGCAUCUUACAUCCAACAUGGAAGGAAUUUUGUAACUUGUGAAGUAGCUUUGAGGUCUGAUCUGUACCGAGGGUGAGCUGCACAUGAGGUGGAGAUAGAAGAGGUCGCCAUUUUGAUAAUGCUCCCCCCACAUUAGGAGAGGGGGGGUGGAAAUCUGCAAGUAAAAAAAACUAGCACAGCAAGGUUGUAGCCCAGCCCACUUUUAAUCUGGGGGGAGGUUUGAGUUUUGUUUCAUUUUUUAAAAUUGUAGUGGAGUAUUUGAAUAUGAUCAGUCCAUCUUUCUACCUCAAGACUCUGCCACCCUCGUCAUGAUGCUUGUGUCAGUCAGACCUGUCCCUGCCUCUCUUGGAGAGGGCUUAACAAGUGUUUCAAUAAAUGGUUUUUUCUGCAA